CUGAAACAGCUGUGGUUGUAAUUAGGUGGAAGUGUGGUUGGCUAUUAUUUAUUCCGGUUAUGAUUACUCUGGGACCAGCUCCUCUGAUUGGCGGCUUGGCGGGGAAGGCUCCCCUCUCUCCUAACCACCCAUCAGUCUUUAGAAUUGUUGGUGCCCGUCUGCUGGGGAGGACCUCUGGGUGUGGCUUUGUCCACCCUGGUUAUCUGCUAUGGGCUGCUCAGCCCGUUAGCCCCUUCCCCGCCAGCCACGGUGACGCCUAAGGUCCCAGCAGCCUAAGCCCAGCAACGGGCUCCUGAGCUGCUCAGUGGGGGGCCUGCCACGUAUCCAUGUGGCCUGGAUGCCCCUUGCCCUUGUGGCUUGCCUGAGCUGAACUGUCUCAGCGUCCAGGAAUGUAGACUUCCCUGCCAGUCUGAGCUCAGACUGGCAUGAAACUUAGGGGGUGCCAAGUGACACCAGAUUGGGUCCAUAGGCUGGGGGCAGGGGUGUGGACAAAUUGGGAGGGUGGUUCUAGGGCGCACCGGGGCUCCGGCGUCUGCGGCACGGCAGGCGUGUAGUGUGGCCAGGCGGGGCAGUGCUGUGAGCCGGGCUCAGGCGCACGUGGGCACUCCUGCGGCUCUGCACACUCCUGGUGCCCCUGGCUACAUUUCUGGCUCCCACAUACCCUGCCCUCUCCAUGUAGUCACGCUUACUGGGCAGGACUGGGCUUGCGCCUACUGCCUGGGAAUGUGCUUGGCUGAGCAGGGCCCAUUGGCCCUAGGCUUGGCUGGAUUCCAGAGAAGACCUAGGAGCAGGAGGAUGUCAGGCCAGAGGGUGCUUUGUCAGAAAGAGGGUGAUGGCUCUCCCUAGGCCACACAAUGAUAAGGAGGGUGAUAACGAGUCGGAGCCAGGAAGCAAAAUCUGGUUCCUCCGGGGGCAUCUAAGUGAUUCCUGGUUUUCCCCUGUCCCUUCUCUCAGGGCUUUUUUUGAUCCUGGAAAUUGCUGCCUCUCAAACUGACUUUUCCACCCAGGGGGCAGAUAGAUGGAUCAUUGGUACGGGUUGAAGGGACAUGGGUGUCUGUGUUUUCUGAAGAACCUCCCUUCACAGGACGUCCUCACAUACGUCGUCUUAUUCCCUCUGCAAGGCUGUAUGUUGUGCCUGGGCCAGUCCACCUUCCUCCGCUUUAACCACCCCGCCGAAGCCAAGUGGAUGAAGAGCAUGAUCCCGGCAGGGGGCCGGGCCCCAGGGCCCCCCUACAGUCCUGGCUCAGCAGAGUCAGAAAGCCUGGUGAAUGGGAACCAUACCCCGCAGCCUGCAACACGGGGACCCCCCGCCUGUGCCAGCCACAGUUCCCUGGUGAGCUCUAUUGAGAAGGACCUGCAGGAAAUCAUGGAUUCACUGGUGCUAGAGGAGCCUGGAGCUGCCGGCAAGAAGCCUGCCGCGACUUCCCCGCUGUCGCCCAUGGCUAAUGGUGGGCGCUACUUGCUGUCCCCCCCGACCAGCCCUGGCGCCAUGUCUGUGGGCUCCAGCUAUGAGAACACCUCUCCAGCCUUCUCGCCGCUCUCCUCACCAGCCAGCAGUGGAAGCUGUGCCAGCCACUCACCCGGUGGGCAGGAGCCAGCGCCUUCCAUGCCCCCACUGGUGCCUGCCCGCUCCUCUAGCUACCAUCUGGCCCUGCAGCCCCCACAGUCCCGACCGAGCGGUGCCCGCGCCUCUGAGAGCCCCCGCUUGGGCAGGAAAGGGGGUCACGAGAGGCCUCCCAGUCCUGGCCUCCGAGGUCUGCUGACAGACAGCCCUGCAGCCACUGUCUUGGCGGAGGCCCGCAGAGCCACUGAGAGCCCCCGGCUGGGUGGACAGCUGCCCGUGGUGGCUAUCAGCCUGAGCGAGUACCCAGCUUCCGGGGCCCGGAGCCAACCCACCAGCAUUCCUGGCAGCCCCAAGUUCCAGCCGCCAGUCCCCGCUCCCCGAAACAAGAUCGGCACGCUCCAGGACCGGCCCCCCAGCCCUUUCCGUGAGCUGCCGGGCACCGAGCGCGUGUUGACGACCAGCCCCUCACGCCAGCUGGUGGGCCGAACAUUUUCAGAUGGGUCAGCCACCCGCACCUUGCAGCGUCCCGAGAGUCCCCGCCUGAGCCGGCGGGGUCCGGACAGUAUGCGGGAGCUCCCUCCGCUGAGCCCGUCUCUGUCCCGGAGGGCGCUCUCCCCCAUGCCCACCAGGACUGUGCCAGACCCCAAGCUCACCAGAGAAGUGGCAGAGAGCCCCCGGCCCCGGCGCUGGGCCGCCCACGGGGCCUCAGCAGAGGACUUCUCACUGACCCUGGGGGCGCGGGGCCGGAGGACACGGAGCCCCUCACCCACGCUUGGGGAGUCCCUGGCGCCCCGCAAGGGCAGCUUCAGUGGCAGGCUGAGCCCGGCCUACAGUCUGGGCUCUCUGACUGGGGCUUCGCCGCGCCAGAGCCCCCGCACCCAGAGGAAGCUGUCCAGUGGGGACUUGCGGGUGCCCGUCACUCGGGAGCGGAAAAAUAGCAUCACGGAGAUCAGUGACAAUGAGGACGACCUCCUGGAGUACCACCGGCGGCAGCGCCAAGAACGGCUCUGGGAGCAGGAGAUGGAGAGGCUGGAACGCCAGCGCCUGGAGACCAUCCUGAACUUGUGUGCUGAGUACAGCCGGGCCGACGGGGGGCCCGAGGCCGGGGAGCUGCCCAGCAUUGGGGAAGCCACCGCAGCGUUGGCCCUGGCAGGCCGGAGGCCCUCACGGGGCCUUUCAGGCACUGCUGGGGCCUCUGGGCGGAGCACUGAGGAGCCUGGAGGUGCCCCCCAACGCCUGUGGGAGUGUGUGGAACGCUCGGACGAGGAGAAUCUCAAGGAGGAGUGCAGCAGCACGGAGAGCACGCAGCAGGAGCAUGAGGAUACACCUGGCGCCAAGCUGCAGGGGGAGGUGCUGGCCCUGGAAGAGGAGCGCGCUCAGGUGCUGGGGCGUGUGGAGCAGCUCAAGGUCCGCGUGAAGGAGCUGGAGCAGCAGCUGCAGGAGUCGGCCCGAGAGGCUGAAAUGGAGCGGGCGUUGCUGCAGGGGGAGAGGGAGGCAGAGUGGGCGCUGCUGCAGAAGGAGCAGAAGGCGGUGGACCAGCUUCAGGAGAAGUUGGUGGCCUUGGAGACCGGCAUCCAGAAGGAGAGGGACAAGGAGAGGGCGGAGCUGGCCACGGGACGGAGGCACCUGGAGGCCCGCCAGGCGCUCUACGCCGAGCUCCAGACGCAGCUCGAUAACUGCCCCGAGUCAGUGCGGGAACAGUUACAGGAGCAGCUGAGAAGGGAGGCCGAGGCCCUGGAGACGGAGACAAAGCUGUUUGAGGACUUGGAGUUCCAGCAGCUGGAGAGGGAGAGCCGUGUGGAGGAGGAGCGGGAGCUGGCAGGCCAGGGGCUGCUACGGAGCCAGGCCGAGCUGCUCCGAAGCAUCACCAAGAGGAAGGAGCGCCUGGCAGUGCUGGACAGCCAGGCGGGGCAGAUCCGGGCCCAGGCCGUGCAGGAGUCCGAGCGCCUGGCGCGGGACAAGAACGCGUCCCUGCAGCUGCUGCAGAAGGAGAAGGAGAGACUGGCCGCGCUGGAGGGGAGGCACCGCGCGCUCACAGGAGGCAGACCCUUCCCGAAGACCACAUCCACCCUCAAAGAGGAGUAUGUGAGCCUGGCUGAGGUUCUCCAGUUGUGCUUCCGCUCGGACCCCCAUGCUUCUGCCACCUCCCCCAGCGCGCUCGCCCAGCCCCUGCCUGACAGUGAGUACGUGACGCUUGAGCAGCUAAAGGCGAUGUGGGGCACCUCGCCCAUGCCCACAGCCCCUGCGCCAGGCCUGCCCUUCUGGGCCUCUGCCUCCCGGGACCUGGUUCCCACCACCUGCCUUCCUCCCGCGCUGCCCUCUUCCUCCUCCUUCGCUUCUCUCACGCCUUCACCCAAGAUGGAGGAGCUGCUGCUCCCUGCCGUAGACUUAGAGCAGUGGUACCAGGAGUUGAUGGCCGGGCUGGGGACCGGCCCCGCUGCAGCCUCCCCGCGCUCCUCUCCCCCGCCUCUGCCCGCCAAAGCUUCCCGGCAGCUGCAGGUUUACCGCUCCAAGAUGGAUGGUGAGGCUACCAGCCCCCUGCCUCGGACCCGCAGCGGCCCCCUCCCCUCUUCCUCUGGUUCUUCCUCCUCUUCCUCCCAGCUCAGCGUGGCUACCCUGGGCCGGAGCCCCUCCCCAAAGAGCGCUCUACUCGCCCAGAACGGGACAGGCAGCCUUCCUCGCAACCUGGCGGCCACGCUGCAGGACAUCGAGACCAAGCGCCAGCUGGCCCUGCAGCAGAAGGGCGAGUCGCUUCCUGCCGAGCCCCCCCCAGCCGACAACCCAGCAGGACAGCAGGUGAUCGACGAGCAACGGCGGCGCCUGGCCGAGCUGAAGCAGAAGGCUGCGGCUGAGGCGCAGUGCCAGUGGGAUGCCCUGCACGGGGCGGCCCCCUUCCCGCCAGGCCCCUCCGGCUUCCCCCCGCUCGUGCACCACUCCAUCCUGCACCACCUGCCGGCCGGCCGGGAGCGCGGGGAGGAUGGCGAGCACGCCUACGACACGCUGAGCCUGGAGAGCUCGGACAGCAUGGAGACCAGCAUCUCCACGGGCGGCACCUCGGCCUGCUCGCCCGACAACAUGUCCAGCGCCAGCGGCCUGGACGUGGGCAAGAUCGAGGAGAUGGAGAAGCUGCUGAAAGAAGCACACGCGGAGAAGAGCCGGCUCAUGGAGUCCCGGGAGCGGGAGAUGGAGCUCCGGCGGCAGGCCCUGGAGGAGGAGCGGAGGCGGCGCGAGCAGGUGGAACGGCGGCUGCAGAGCGAGAGCGCCAGGAGGCAGCAGCUGGUGGAGAAGGAGGUCAAGAUGCGGGAGAAACAGUUUUCCCAGGCACGACCCCUGACCCGCUACCUGCCAAUCCGGAAGGAGGACUUUGACUUGAAGACCCACAUUGAGUCGUCGGGCCACGGCGUCGAUACCUGCCUGCACGUGGUUCUUAGCAGCAAGGUCUGCCGCGGCUACUUGGUCAAGAUGGGCGGCAAGAUCAAAUCGUGGAAGAAGCGCUGGUUUGUCUUCGACCGGCUCAAGCGCACCCUUUCCUAUUACGUGGACAAGCAUGAGACGAAGCUGAAAGGGGUCAUCUACUUCCAGGCCAUCGAGGAAGUGUACUAUGACCACCUGCGCAGCGCGGCCAAGAAGAGGUUUUUCAGCUUCACUGUGGUGACUGAGAGCCCGAACCCAGCCCUCACCUUCUGUGUGAAGACCCACGACCGGCUGUACUACAUGGUGGCCCCGUCCGCGGAGGCCAUGCGCAUCUGGAUGGACGUCAUCGUCACCGGAGCGGAGGGCUACACUCAGUUCAUGAACUGAGCGCCUGCUGCGCUGCUCUGCCCCUGGAGACGGCGGCACUCGCGGCCCCAGGCCCUGCAGGAGCGCUCCCAGAGGGCCUGGAGGGCGGCGUGCCACUGGGGCUUUUGUACAAGACUUCCUACCGUUCUGUAAGGAGCCGGUCCUGUGAACGUGAGCUCAGGCCCCCUAAAGAAUCAGCCAGCAGAGAGAAAGUGGGACGGCUCCUGGGAACUCAGACUUUGCAAUAACCCUUCAGGGUCCCACCCCAGGGCCGCCGGGGCCGCGGCGCUGGCACAGAGUGGGCCUUGGGCUCGGACCCGGCACCUGUGCUCCCCAGCCUGUGUUCUCUUUCGCAAAGGAAAAAUUAUGGUACCAGAAUCUGCCAAAGAUCCCCUCUUGCCUCAGCCCCCCCCGUUGCAGGGGCUUUGGGGGCUGAGAGCCACAUCCAGAGUGGGGUGACAGCUCAGGCGCUGUACUUCUCAAGCCCCGCUCUACCCUGCUCUCCUGCAGUUUUGUUAUUACUUUGUUCAAGGGCCAGAGACCUCAAGUGUCAUCCUUGAGGUCCCAACCCCAUCCCCUUUUUGCAGACCCCAAACCCUGAUCUCCAUAGUGACUGCUUCAUCGCCACGGUUACUCAUGGGCGUGGCUCUGUGGCUCCGCCCAUGCUUCAACCAUGGGCCUGAGGGUACUUACUGCCAUCUCUCCAGCCCAGGACCCUGUACAUCUCACUCUGCGGGGAAAGGGACCAAACACCCCCCACCUGCCCGCCCCCCAGUCCAGCCCUCUCCCUUCCACUCGUGCCUUGCUUAGAGCCAGAAGGGACGAAGCUUGGACAUCCAGAGACUGCAGGAGGAGGGAAGCAGAGUGGAGAGGCAACUAGACGGGUUCUGACAGGGAUGGAGGGCUGCUCAGAGGCCCCGGGGGAGGAAUCCGAGCAGGAGAGGAGGCAGCAGAGGGAGAUGACCCUGAGGUCGGGCUGCCCUCCCUUCAGCCUCGGAAGGGGGACAGAAAUGGAGAGCAGAGGACCAGGCCACCAGCUGUCUGGCCUCGGCCCUUCACGCCUUAACACUAAGCCCACCUCCCUGCCCACCACUGGGCCACGGCUGCUGGGCCCUGGGCGGGGGGAUUUGCAGUAUUUGUAAGCAUCUCAACAGAACAAUAAAGCAUUUGGAGUAUG